AUGUCACCCUUACCCAUACACAUACACACAGUGCACUUAUUCGCGCUUCCCACUCCCUCUUCACGUCGUCAACGCCCCUCCAACCGCGCUCUGUCGGUCGGAGACACCUCCAUGUGCCACACUCGUCCAGUCCUCGUGCCCUCCUCCCCUCACCCAGCCCAUCUCCAGCCUCAUUCUAUAAACAUAUGUUUGGACCGGACAGUCUCUCUGAUCGCCUCGAAAGCCGGGCAAGAUGCCUCGAAAGGCUACUUAGAAAACGAAAACGAUCAGCCAUGCCGGUCUUCUCGCCUCCUUCUGCUCCUUCUCCUCUCUUCCCAUCAGCCCACUUCGCCCGUUCUCUCUUUCUGCCUCCUUCUUUCUCUCUCUCUCUCUCUCUCUAUCUUUUUCAUUCGGACACUCACUUUCCCCUCUUUUGAUGGAUUACCGAACAGAUUUUUCUGGGCUAAUACGACAAAGCCCGCCCCUUCCUCACGCGCCUACCAUGCGACAUGCACACAUGAACACACGCAUGCACACCUAAACAAUGUACAUAUGCAAUUAGCAAGCAAGAUCGUUUCAGCAAAUUGCAACUAG